CUUUUUUUUUUCGCUUUGUUUGAUGUAUAGAACAGGACCUAGAUAUCGGGGUACGCCUAAGAAGGCUUCUACGACAACGCAAUGUCAACGAUGUUUAGAAUAUGGACACUGGACAUAUGAAUGUAACAAAGAAAGAAGCUAUAAAGUGCGUCCUACUCGUACACAACAGUUAAAGAAGCCCAUCAAGUUGUAUCAACCAGAAUUACCUAAAGAACUUUUAUCAAAAGAAGGCUUGGCCGAUAAAAUUUUAAAAAAAAAGAAAAAGGAGCGACGUAGGAGAUCGAGGUAAUAAAUGAAAAAUAAAAAACAAGGCUUUGUAUAGAAUGGUAAUUAAAUUAUACAAUUUUAGUUCAUCAUCGGAGUCAGACUCUGAAUCAAGUCGUUAUUCAUCAGAUAGUGAUAGUAGUAGUGAUAGUGAUAGUGACAGCAGCCGAAGCAGCCGAAGCAGCAGUAGAAGCAGUAGAAGCAGCAGUAGAAGCAGUAGUAGCAGUACUAGCAGAAGCAGAAGCAGAAGCAGCAGUAGCAGUACUAGCAGAAGCAGAAGCAGAAGCAGAAGCAGCAGUA